AUGUCACGCUGCAACUGUCGGAGGUCGAGGAAGAAGAAGAAGAAGAAAACGAGGGCUACACUUUCGUCGAAAGGGGAAGACGACACCACAAAGGAGGAAAUUGUCAGACACCUCAAUGGACUGGAAAUAGCGGGAGAAAUCGAGUUCGAUGAGCUGGAAACAAAGGGAACAAGCCAUACAGCCAGAACUGUGGCCAAUAGGAGUGCCGGCCUUAUCACAGCAGUAGCAUGCGUUCAAGAUAAUUUCUUUAGACCUUCUGAUAUAGUGUUCCUGACGGAAACUUUCCUUACAAAAGACAGUAACAAAGUAAACAUACAUUACGCGAUCAGUGUUGUGGCGGAACAAUGCCCAAAGGACAGACCUAACGGCGGCAUCACAUGUCUCAUCAUGAAAAUUUUCUCGCCCUUCUCAGUCUCCCACAAAUCAAGGCACUCUCUAGUAGUCACGACUGCCAUUUGUGUUCUUAUGUGUGAGAUUGCACUUUUUACAGAAGAAGAAAUAAUCCAUAGAAUUAUGAGCACGAAGAACAAUAAAGUAUGUGACCCAGACAACAUCUAUAGCGAGCACCUGAAAACUACGUUCCCUGUACUAGUGAUUCCCCUCACAGCACUCCUCAAUGAGUGCCUGAAACGAGGAAGUUUACCAGAUCAGUGGAAACAUUCGAAAGUGAUAAUACUGUACAUGGGAAAAGGUAACACGGCUGACCCAAACACGUACUGGGGCACUGCUCUAGGGAACACUCUAUUCAAGAUCUUUACAACACUACUGUGCAAGCGUCUUGAGAUAUCCUCGAUGAGAAACUCCCCGAUUCACAGUUUGACUGUUGAAACCAUAACUGGAACGAUGAGACACUUUCCAUGUAUGGAAGCUCGUUGCUAA